AUGAUAUUUGACGAAGAAUCGGCGGUGCAAACGGUCCAUCGUCUAUUCAUCGUCGUCUGCCGAUCGUUCGAUGAUCAGUCGUUUGAACAAAUUCUUAAACCCCUUGUUGAGCUGCUCAGUUGUGAGUCAUCAGUAAAGCUGCUCGAUCGCCGAUUCCUUUUGCCAGCGUCGAUAGCUUAUGGUACGUCGAGGUUCCUCAGAGAAUUCCUACCUACGGUCAUUGAAGCGGUGGCAUCGCUCCAGGUGGACAGAAGCGUUGGUCGCUAA